UCCUAGGGGAACGUGCAGGUAAGAGCAGCUGCCGUAAGUGUUCCCGGAUCGCCGGGGAGGUCAUUGAAGAAGGAGAGGACCCAGGCCCUUAGUGUUCCCCGCAGCCAUGCUCCGCCUGUGCCUGAGGCUCCGCGGCCCGCUCCGUUCUGCUCUGCCGGCCCGGGCACACGGGAAUGCAGCGGGCCGAGCCCGGAGGUAUCAUAUGGGGGCCAGCUGCCGCCUUAAAGCCCUGAUCGGUGUGCCAGCCGUUGUACCUGGAGGAGCACGGGUACAGGGGAGACAGGGAGCGGAGAUCGGACGGAGAUGGUACAGCUAUCCUCCUCAUCAGAGGGUGCCUUUACCUGCGCUCUCCCCUACAAUGCAGAUGGGAACCAUUGCACGGUGGGAAAAGAAGGAAGGCGAUAAAAUCAGUGAAGGGGAUCUCAUUGCUGAGGUUGAGACAGACAAAGCCACAGUUGGAUUUGAGUGUGUGGAGGAGUGUUAUCUGGCUAAAAUCUUGGUGGCUGAAGGAACAAAGGAUGUCCAAAUUGGUGCCAUAAUUUGCAUCACCGUUGACAAGCCAGAAUUGAUUGAUGCCUUUAAAAACUACACAUUGGACACUGUUACAGCUGCUUCUGCUGCUCCUUCAAGCACCCCAACAGCGGCUGCCCAGCCACCACCACCAGCAGCAGUUCAAGCCCCAGGCAGUUCCUAUCCCACACACUUGAAGAUCAUGUUACCUGCACUAUCACCAACAAUGACAAUGGGAACAGUACAGAAAUGGGAAAAGAAGGUCGGAGAGAAGCUCAGCGAGGGCGAUCUACUGGCAGAGAUCGAAACAGAUAAAGCCACAAUAGGUUUCGAGGUGCAAGAAGAAGGAUAUUUGGCCAAAAUCUUGAUUCCGGAAGGCACGCGGGACGUACCACUUGGAACACCACUCUGUAUCAUAGUGGAGAAAGAGUCAGAUGUUGGAAGCUUUGCAGAUUACAAAGAGAUAGUCGGAGCCGUAGACAUUAAGCCCCAGCCUGCUCCCUCCACUCCGGCUGCAGGCUUCCCGCCAUCAAUACCAGUUUCUUCUGCUCCUACUGCACCAAGCUCAGCACCCAAAGGAAGAGUAUUUGUGAGUCCGUUGGCCAAAAAGCUGGCAUCAGAACAAGGCAUAAAUGUAAACCAAGUGAAAGGUACCGGGCCUGAUGGCAGGAUUACAAAGAAAGAUAUUGAAUCCUUUGUACCUCCCAAGGUUGCUCCUGCUCCAGCAGCCGCUGCUCCAGCCCCUGCAGCCAUACAGCCCUUUCCAGCCGUGGCAGCUGUUCCUACUGGAACCUUUACAGAUAUUCCCGUUAGCAAUAUUAGGAAGGUGAUAGCACAGCGUCUCAUGCAGUCCAAACAGACUAUACCUCACUACUAUCUCUCCAUCGAUAUAAGCAUGGGAGAAAUUCUAAAUUUGCGGAAGGAGCUGAAUGAGGUUACAAAGUCAGAAAACAUCAAGCUCUCUGUCAAUGAUUUCAUCAUUAAGGGUUCUGCCUUGGCGUGUCUGAAAGUACCCGAAGCAAACUCCUCCUGGAUGGACACAGUUAUUCGACAGAAUCAUGUUGUAGAUGUGAAUGUGGCAGUAAGCACCCCUGCUGGACUGAUAACACCCAUAGUCUUCAAUGCUCACAUAAAGGGUCUGACAGCCAUCAGCAAAGAUGUGACAUCUUUGGCUGCUCGUGCGAGAGAAGGCAAGCUAAAGCCACAUGAAUUCCAGGGUGGAACAUUUACUGUAUCUAACCUGGGAAUGUAUGGAAUCAAAAACUUCUCUGCCAUAAUUAACCCACCACAGGCCUGUAUUCUUGCUGUGGGAGGAUCAGAGAACAGACUCGUUCCAGCAGAUAACGAGAAAGGUUUUGAUGUUGCCAACAUGAUGUCUGUCACCCUGAGCUGCGAUCACCGAGUGGUAGAUGGGGCAGUCGGUGCUCAGUGGUUGGCCGAGUUCAAAAAGUUCCUGGAAAAACCAAUGACAAUGCUGCUAUAAAUGAGUUUGCCUUUUCCUCCGGUCAACUAUUCUAUUCAUACAAACUAUUUAUACUCUUGUCUCUGAACUCUCACCGUUAACAUGAAUACCUUUUUUUAUUAUUAUUUAAACGAACAAAAGAAAAAAAAGCUAGUAACUCGGCUAGUUUUUUUUUUCUUUUUUAAAUCUUCAUUCUGUACAGAUUACCAGUGCUCCACUCCAGUAACUGUUCCCAAUCUCCACAGAACUGUGAUGUGUGGAGGUCAUCAAUGUUGUAAAGGUCUUCCUACAAAGGUCAAUGUUUUCUGGAAUGGUUUUAAAUCAUAACUGUCCAGUACUGAAAGAGCAAGUCUUCUAUAUAAUGAGAUGUCUGCCUAUUUUCCCACGGGAUAAAUAAAUGUAUGUUUAGGCAUU